AUGAUUAUAGAGGGGGACGAGGAGGCAGAAGCAGCUGCAGACGCUGCAGUGGAGGCUGAGUUGCUGGAGAGGAGAAGGAGAAGGCAGCAGACGAAGCGAGUGUAUGGGCCAAGGUCAGAGGAGGAGAGGAGGAGGAUUAGUGAGGGGUUGAGAGCGGUGGAGAGGAGAACUGGGCGCCUGUCAAGGACUGCCAGAGAGAGAUUUGAGGACCCGGAGAGAAAGGAGAGGUUGCGGGCAGCAAUGAUGAAGGGAUACUACGAGAAGAAUGCCCCGUCCAAGAUAUCGGCACGGGCCAAGCGGCGUUGUGCUGACCCUGCAUUCAGGCAGCUUAUCAGCCAAGUAAAGACAGGUGUGGCGUUUCAUUGCAAAGCUUGUGGCCAGGCUGGUGCAUCACCCAUUCUUGGUCUAGAGUGCUCUGGCACUGUCGAGUCGGUUGGCUCUCACGUAACACGCUGGAAGGUUGGCGAUCAGGUCUGUGCAUUGCUGGCUGGGGGUGGGUACGCUGAGUAUGUAGCAGUACCUGAGUCCCAGAUUCUUCCAGUGCCAGUCGGUGUGCCGCUAGUGGACGCUGCAGCUCUGCCGGAGGCUGCAUGCACGGUGUGGUCCACUGUCUUCAUGAUGGCGAAGCUGCAGCCUGGAGAGUCGUUUCUGGUGCAUGGUGGAUCCAGUGGUAUUGGUACAUUUGCUAUUCAGUUGGUGAAGCUGCUCGGAAGUCGUGUCUUCUGUACAGCUGGCUCAACAGAGAAGCUUAAUCGGUGCCGUCAACUGGGUGCGGAUGUAACAAUCAACUAUCGCAAGGAGGAUUUUCUGACACGUGUCAAGGAGGAGACUGGUGGGAAAGGUGUAAAUGUGAUACUUGACAACAUGGGUGCUUCCUACUUGGAGAAGAACCUGUCCUGCCUGGUGGAGGAUGGCCGAAUGAUUGUGAUAGGCCUUCAGGGUGGUCGCAUUGGCAGUGUGGAUCUAGGACGCAUGUUGAUGAAGCGGCUUUCCCUGCAUUGUAAGGAUCUGCAUAUGGUUGUUGUGUGUUAUCUGUUUUCAUUUGCGAUAGUAAUAACUGUAACUUCUUCCUUGUCUUCGCAGCUGCAGGCUUAA